UUGCUGCGGUUGGGGUGUGGCCGGCCGAGCCCGCCCGAAGGAGGGCGCGGUAGCUAGAUUACAUAUAGAUUGGACAGUUUUGCGCGGCUUGGAUGUCGCCAUGCUGCCAGUUCUUGGCCAUCUGCCAUCUACAUCAGUUGAGACCAGGCAUCUCCGCGGACGGCAUGGUCCCGAAUGCCCUUCGUGAUGACGCGGAUAUCACAAAGCAAGCUGCUCGGCAAUCGUCAAGUCGACGUCGUGGCUUUCUCCAUGACACGGUAGGCAGAAAGAAGCCAGAGGUCGACAAUGGGCCACGCCGCCUAACGCACGCAUAUUCACCGCACGGCGAUGAAGUGCUCCCAUGCCAAGUGCGCGCAACGAUUGCGGUCAGGUAAUGAAGGCGCCACCGAAAGCCAAGAGGGCGCCGCAUAGCUACGCAGCGCAGUGAUUGUUGUGUCUGCGGUUGGCAACACGAGUCGCAAAUACCACAGUCGCAACGAGGGCCCAGGUACCGUACCUCGUGCGCGGUAGUUGUGACGCAAGCUGGGCAAAUGAAUUGGGCGAGGGCUGGGCAUCGCUUAGG